AUGACCCUGCCCGGAGGCCCGACGGGCAUGGCGCGGCCGGGGGGCGCGGGGCCUUGCAGCCCUGGGCUGGAGCAGUACCCGCGCCGGAGUGUCGGGGAGCUGCGCCUGCUCUUCGAGGCGCGCUGUGCCGCGGCCGCUGCCGCAGCCGCCGCAGGGGAGCACCGGGCCCGCGGGGCCAAGAGGCGUGGGGGGCAGGUCCCCAAUGGGCUUCCACGGGUUUCCCCGGCCCCAGUGAUCCCGCAACUGACUGUGACGGCUGAGGAGCCGGACGUGGCGCCGGCCAGCCCCGGGCCGCCCGAACCCGAGCGCGGCUGGCUCCCGACCGGGGGUUCGUCGCACCUGCAGCAGCCGCGCCGCCUCUCCACCUCGUCGCUCUCCUCCACCGGCUCCUCGUCGCUGCCCGAGGACUCGGAGGACGAUCUGUUGAGCGACAGCGAGAGCCGGAGCCGCGGCAACGUGCAGCUGGAAGCCAGCGAGGACGCGGGUCAGAAAAGCCACUGGCAGAAGAUCCGGACCAUGGUGAAUCUGCCCGUCAUGAGCCCUUUCAAGAAGCGCUACUCUUGGGUGCAGCUGGCGGGGCACACGGGGAGUUUCAAGGCGGCGGGCACCAAUGGGCUGAUCCUGAAGCGCAGCUCGGAGCCGGAGCGCUCCUGCCUGGCGCGGCUGAUGGCCGACGCGCUGCGCGGGUGCGUGCCGGCCUUCCACGGCGUGGUGGAGCGCGACGGCGAGAGCUACCUGCAGUUGCAGGACCUGCUCGACGGCUUCGACGGGCCCUGCGUGCUCGACUGCAAGAUGGGCGUCAGGACUUACCUGGAGGACGAGCUGACCAAGGCCCGAGAGCGACCCAAGCUGCGGAAGGACAUGUACAAGAAGAUGCUGGCGGUAGACCCUUCGGCGCCCACGGAGGAGGAGCACGCGCAGCGCGCAGUCACUAAGCCGCGCUACAUGCAGUGGCGGGAAGGCAUCAGCUCCAGCACCACGCUCGGCUUCCGCAUCGAGGGCAUCAAGAAAGCCGACGGCUCCUGCAGCACCGACUUCAAGACUACGCGAAGCCGGGAACAGGUGAUCCGCGUCUUCGAAGAGUUUGUGCAGGGGGAUGCGGAAGUACUGAGGAGGUAUCUGAAUCGCCUGCAGCAGAUCCGGGACACCCUGGAGGUCUCCGAGUUCUUCAGGAGGCACGAGGUGAUCGGCAGCUCGCUCCUCUUCGUGCACGACCAUAGCCAUCGAGCCGGCGUGUGGCUCAUUGACUUCGGCAAGACCACGCCCCUCCCCGACGGCCAGACGCUGGACCACAGGCUGCCCUGGGAGGAGGGCAACCGCGAGGACGGCUAUUUGCUGGGGUUGGACAAUCUCAUCGGCAUCCUGGCCAGCCUGGCUGGGAGAUGA